UGUCGUCGCACGGACCGACGGCGACGGCCGGGCCCCUCCCGCCGGGCCACCGCGCCUAUAUUCCAGCCUCUGGGGCCUCCCCCCUCCCACCCGCCUUCCUCCAGCGCAGCCGCCAGCCCCCGCUGAAAAGUCCUCCAACCCCAAAGCUCCCCCUCUCCGUCGGAGAGAUCCGGGCCGCCUGCCCCCAAUCCCGCCGCCCCCCGCCCCCGAAUCCGCGCGGCGUCCACGGGCGUUGGGCGAGAGAAGCCUCGCGCUCGCGCGCGCGCGCAUUUCCUCCGUCGCCUCGUCUCGUCUCGCCGGGGAUUCGGGAGGGGGCCGGGGCCCGCGAGGGAGGGAGGCGGGAUGCCGAUUGGGGUGUCGGACGAGCUGCUCGGCACGUUCGUGCCGAUCGCCGUCUACUGGCUCUACUCGGGGCUCUACGUCGCGCUGGACGGCGUGGAGGGCCUCGACGCGUACCGCCUGCACCCCAGGGGGGACGAGGCCGCCAGGAACGUCGUCUCCAGGGGCGCCGUCGUCAGGGGCGUCCUCGUCCAGCAGGCCUUCCAGGUCGUCGUCGCGCUCACGCUCUUCGCGGUUAUUGGUGAUGAGAGUGGUAUUGCACCGAAGCAGCCUUCUGCUGUGGUGAUAGCGCUGCAAUUUAUCAUCGCGAUGUUUGUCAUGGACACAUGGCAGUACUUCAUGCACAGAUACAUGCACAUCAACAAGUUUCUGUAUAAGCACAUCCAUUCCAAGCACCACACUCUUGUAGUCCCUUAUUCCUUUGGGGCUCUUUACAACCACCCUCUUGAGGGCCUUAUUCUGGACACUAUUGGCGGUGCUCUCUCCUUCCUCCUCUCCGGUAUGACACCACGAACAUCCAUAUUCUUUUUCUCUUUUGCGACCAUCAAGACGGUGGAUGACCACUGCGGGCUGUGGCUUCCCGGGAACAUCCUCCAUGCGUUGUUCAACAACAACACUGCUUACCAUGAUAUCCACCACCAGCUCUAUGGCAACAAAUAUAACUUUUCUCAACCUUUCUUCGUCCUUUGGGAUAAGAUUCUGGGGACAUACAUGCCCUACUCUCUCGAGAACCGGAAAGGGGGUGGGUUCGAGUCCCGGCCAGUUAAGUCAGUAGAGCAGACCAAGGCUGAUUAAUACGUGCAUAUUCUCUGAUUCUCGUUCUGCUUAGAUCCGAUACACACUGUCCUAUCACGCCGCCUGAUUCUCUAACUAUGAAAAUGCUGUAGAAGCCUUAUGUCCUGGUUCAUAUAGUGAGGGUUUUUCGUGUUUUCUAACACUUUCUUUCUUUCGAUUUGGUUUGGGAGUCCCAUCUUGUAUCAAGGUAUAGUGGGUAAAAUAUUGUAUUGUAUGAAAGAAUACUCGGCAUCCACUUGGAUUUGUCUCCUCUGGAUCGGUCUGUACUUCCAUCCACAUGGUGAUGUUAACAAAGAAGGAUGAUAUUAACACUA